GACAGGUGCAUGCAAUAUAUGCUACCGGGUCAGAUGUAAUGAUGGAGCAGAUGUCAUUGUUCGUUUCGCUGCUCUUGGAAGGGCUAUUCUACGCAGGGAAAAGGUCCAAAAUGAAGUCGCAACGAUGAAAUACAUACGCCAGACGACUUCAAUACCGGUUCCUGAAGUGUUUGGCUCCGGUAUCUGCUGGGUGGGCCCUUAUAUUGGGAUGUCGUUUCUCGAAGGAGUGCCAUUAUCACAACUCCUCAAAGAUCCCUCUAUAGAAGGAAGGCCAGUCCUGAACCCGCAAAUAAGCGAUCGGAGCUUGAAGUGGGCUUAUCGCAAAAUGGCCGCGCUUGUCCUCGAGUUAUCCAGGCAUGAAUUUGAUGCUAUUGGGGCGCCUGCGGAGGAUGAGGGGGGUUUUCAAUUGCCAGGCGACCUCUCACCUUCAACAUGAAUGAGUUAAUGGUGUCUGCAAAUUUGCCUGAAGAAGUUUUCCCUUCGCACACCUUCACCACGGACUACUUUACAAGGCUUGCUACACAGCAUCUCACGCAUCUCGAAUACAGCAACGAGAUGCUGUUAGCAGCGAGGAGGAUUGUCGG